AUGACUCGAAGGUUCCACCCACGCCAUGUAUGUCUCUUACUAGUGCUGGUCCUGACGAACUUGGUUCUUGGGCACAGACAUCUUUUAACCAAGUGCCUGCAUUGCUAUCAAUAGCUACUGGAGACCAAAGAACUGGGGUGCCCUCUGGGAUCAGAUGUCUGCCGCACCCUGCACAUAAAGAACAGCAGCUGCUCUAACCUCAAGGUGAGCAACUGCCACGGCAGGGAGCAGAUGAGCGAUUGCCAUGCCCGUGCCUCUCCGGUGUUUUUUGGCUUUUGGAUCUGCUGCUUCCUGGAUUUCUGUAACAAUCCGACAAACAGGAAGACUAUGGGCCAGGACAGCAGGAGCCACUCUCCGGAUCUCCAUCUGGGCCCGGCCCUCACAGCAGCACUCCCCCAUCCCCCACCUCGGCCCCAUCCUGGCCUCUCCUCUCCAUCUAGCCUGGCACUGGGGCUAGAGAAGAGCAGAAGCCAGAGGAUAAAGAGCCGGCUCUGA